GCGGUGUUCGUGGAGAAGCCGGUGGUUUCGUCGCAGUUCCUCUGGAACGCGCUGUACAACUACCGAGCCUGUGAUCACUGCCUGCGGGCUUUGGAGACAGCAGAGGAGAAUGCCCAGCGACUGCUGGGGAGGAGCUCUCUGGUGCUGCCUCACCCAGAGCAGUGCAGCAUCCGCAAAGACCUGCACCAGCAGUGUCCUCGCUGCCAGGUGAUGUACUGCAGUGCUGAGUGCAGGCAGGCUGCUUUGGAGCAGUACCACCAAGUCCUCUGCCUUGGCCCAUCCCGUGAUGACCCCACGCACCCCCUCAACAAGCUGCAGGAGGCAUGGAGAAACAUGCAUUAUCCACCAGAGACUUCCAGCAUCAUGCUGAUGGCCCGGAUGGUUGCCACUGUCAAACAGGCUAAAGACAAGGACUGGUGGAUCAAGGCCUUCUCCCAGUUCUGCAGUAAGACAGCGAAUGAAGAGGAGGAGAUUGCACACAAGCUACUGGGGGACAAAUUUAAGGGCCAGCUGGAGCUGCUGCGUUUGCUCUUCACUGAAGCCCUUUAUGACGAACAACUCAGCAGGUGGUUCACUCCAGAAGGCUUUCGAUCUCUCUUUGCUCUCGUUGGGACCAAUGGCCAAGGCAUAGGAACCAGCUCUCUGAGCCAGUGGGUGCAUGCUUGUGAUGCACUAGAUCUCCCCAUGCUGCAACGAGAGGAGCUGGACGCCUUCAUUGACCAGCUCUACAAGGACAUUGAGAAGGAAUCUGGAGAGUUCCUCAACUGUGAGGGGUCAGGUCUCUACAUGCUCCAAAGCUGCUGUAACCACAGCUGCAUCCCCAACGCUGAGACAUCCUUCCCAGACAACAACUUCCUUUUGCAUCUGACUGCUCUGGAGGACAUCGAAGCAGGAGAGGAAAUCUGCAUCAGUUAUUUAGACUGCUGUCAGAGGGAGCGGAGCAGACACAGCCGCAACAAGAUACUCAGGUAUAGGAGCUGUUUGGAGGGACGUGGGGGUAACACACACAUCUCUGUUAGGGCCCUGCCAUGCGGCUGUGAGCUGGCUGGUGUGCAGACUGGUGUGCUUGUGGCAGUCUGUAUGUGCAGCUUUGCCUGUGCUACUAUCAGAGUUAUCUCUGAGCAAGCCUGGGGUUCCGUGGUCUGGAAUGAAAAGGCCUGGGUUGAAAAGGACCACAAUGAUCACCUGAUUUCAACCCCCUGUUGUGUGCAGGGUUACCAGCCACCAGACCGGGCUGCCCAGAGCCACAUCCAGCCUGGCCUUGAAUGCCUGCAG